AGAUGAAAGAAUCCUCCGAGUCUUCGGCGGACUCUGUCUCCUUGUCUCAUCAGUCUACCGUUCCCCAUGGAGGGGAGGUUUUCCUGGGAAGUUUUUAAACAGAAAAAAGGUUUUUCUUGUUGUUUUUUUUCAAUGAAAGAAGAUUAUCCUUCGAUAGUUUUGCGAUUCCCAGAGGUAGAAGUUAGAAGUUGUGAACGCAUCAUGGGGUGAGUCAACGUCUGGAGAGGACAGGAUGCUGAUCCGGUGAUGAAGGAGUAACGUGACCAAACUUGAAGGUACAUCUCAAAUUUGACAUAUGUGCUAAUUUUCACCUCUAAAUCAUUCGUCAGUUUUCUUAUUAUUUUAUUUUAUUUUAUUUCUAUUAUUUUUUUUAAAUGUAUACUUAUAUUAGACAUCCUGUGAAGUUUGACUGCUGUUUUAGCUACACAGAUUGAGGCUAUGUGGUUGUAUAAACUUGUAGUUUGUUGUUAAAGGUGUGUGUUUGUUUUUUUUUUAACUGCUGAGAUUGAAGCUCCUGCUCUUCAUGUGCUGAAUUAUAGAUCAACUUUCUGUGUGUGUGUGUGUGUGUGUGUGUGCAGCAUGGCAGCUCCCCUGAGAGCUCAGCGGGCUCUUACAUGUAAUUAUAGACACACACAGACACAUUGUCCUACUACUGCUCACUCUAUUAAUACUGCUUUAGUGUGUUUCAAAUGUAAAAGGAACCAACUGCUUAGAAAUUACAAUAUUUCCUAUUUAGUUAAUGAUAUGUCCUCAUAUAACUUCAAGUAUCAAUGUGCAGCAGCUGACCACAGCAACCUUUUUAUUGAGCUGUACCAAUGCUAAUGGGCUAAACUUUUUCUGCACAGUCAACUGUUAUUAUUUAAAUGGAACUGUAAUUCACAAAGUGAAGAUCAUAUUGAAAAAUACCUGAAGUGAUAAUCUCAGUAUGUAAAUGUUUUUUCUAUGGUAGAAGAGACCAGGGUCAUUUACACAUUUUUUCAUAUUUUCCAUCAUAACUCACAGAUUACUUGAAAUACACUUGUCAUCUUUUCAUAUAAGAAACAUGUGAAUGCUCACUAAUUAUUUAUUAACUUAACUUAUUAAGACCUUACUGUUUUGUCCAGUGUAGAGAAUAAAGUCACAGUGGUGUUGUAUUUAGGUGCAAUCCUAACAAUGAAGAAAUGUGUUGUAGUAACCCACUGUACUGAGUACAUCGCACAUUUGGAAGGAAACAGGUUCAAUAUUUAAUAUCUCAUUAUGUUACUGAAGUUAAUAUUUUGAUUUUAUUAUUUAAGUAUCUUAUAAAUUCAAGAAAAAGUAGACUACAUCUAUUUUUGCAUUAUACUGGGCACUUGUUUAGGUUUUGAUUAGAUUUUAAUAUAUGCAAUACAAUCAAAGUUGUUUUUAGUGAAACAAAUAGAUGAGUCAAGAAUAAUCUUAAACCAAAUAUGUAUGGGCAGGUGGAGAAAAGACAGCUUUAAAAAAAUAGUUUUUUAAAAAUGAAAUCUGACAUUGAAUUUAUUGAGUAUUGUCACCAAAACAAAGCUAAAGCUCUCAGAGUGAAGAGAAGAAGAUGCAUCGUCAUUUUCAGUAGCACUACAGGUGACUUUGUUAAACAUAUUUAUCAGUCACUUUGAUGGACAGAUGGACGGGCUUUGGUAAAAUUAAAAAAGGAAGGCUAAACAUUUAUCUUCCACUGAAUGUGUUUUCUAAGAAUUCAAAGUUUUGAAGUUUUUUAAGAGGUUAGGAGUUGUGUAUAUGUGUGUGAUGCAGAUGUCAAAUCAACUGUGAUCUCAAUGUCAACCAGAAUAAUCAUGAUUAUGCCAUAACCAUUAUUUUUGCCAUGAGAGAUGCACAAGUACAAGAUUAACAAUUAACACAUGAUAACACCGAGAACACACUCAUGCAAUACUGAGUAUCGUCAGAAUAAGAGGAGCAGCGACAUCUAUUUUUAUGUCAAACUGUGUUUCAACAACAGUUGAACUUUUUUCCUUGCACUCCAGGUGCGUUGAAAAAAUUGUCUUUGCUCAUUGUUAUAUUUCAUGGCAAAGCAGUUUCGUUCCCACACAGGUGACCUUAAUGUCUGUUGGGAUCUUCUAGUUCUUGCUUGUCAUGUGGCGUGCCCGCUGCCAUGACAGGAAAAGUAUGUUCAUUGUGUGGUCUGCCUCCAUCUUGGGGUCGUGUGGGAACUCAGAUUUCUUAUACUUUUCAUUUUGAAUGCUCUCAACCGGUACAAAUAAUAAGGGUUAAAUAAUAUUUUAAUUCUCAGUGAUAAAACUGUUACAAUCACCUUCAACCUGGCAGACAGAUAAGAAUAUAGUUUAUGUAUUUAGUUACUUAUUAAAGAUGAAUACGGUUACUUUGGUGCUGAUGAUAGGCAAGGUGCUGAUCUGCAACACCACUCUGUGAUAAAUUAGCACAUCUUUAGCAUGAUAAUAUUUUUACUCAUAGCCUGGAGAUUAAAUAUGAAAUGACAGAAGUAAAAGACUACACAACCAAAGAAAAAUCUACUUUUACACCUCAUAACUUCUUUUUUGUGUGUGUGUGUGAAACUUCUACUGUAGUGAAGUGAUGCUGUUCUAUUGAAGCAGCAGAAGGAGAAUCGAACUGAGCAGGUGCAGACUCAGUAAUAUUUCUUAAAUUUCUUUCUUGUUUUAUUGUGUUACAUUUGAGUGUGGUGUCCCCUAAUAGAUUAACUUAAAAGCAGAGUGACGUCUUUAUUUCUGGCUGUUCCAGCUAACUCUACUCAAAGUAAAUUACUCUGCAUGAACAGUUUUUUUUUUCUUUCUGUCUGUUAAAAUAAAGUUAGUCCUGCUGCAGACAGACACUCCCCCUGAUUACUGCUGUCUCUCUGCAAAGCAUGAGUGAGCAUCUUUAUGAGCUGUGCAGAUAAAAUUGCACACGAUGGUAUUUUACAAUCUGUCUGGACUCAGAUAAUAAAUUGAAGAUUAGAUGAAACCCUGGACUAAUAACAGUGUCUGCUCAUUAAGUUUUUUUGUUAGGAUUAAACAAAUAAAGGUCACUGACCUCAGCGUAAAGAUGCCUUAAACAGCAUCUACAGUUACCUGAGUUCAUGGGCAGUGGUUAGAGGCUUAUGAAGACAGUCAGGACACCAUUAAACUUUCAUUCUGUUCUCACACAAACUUUGUAUUUUCUCAAAAAGAGCCAUCAUGUUGUUAUGGGCAGGACUAUCUAUGAAUACUUUCAUGCCUCAUCAAAUAUUAGUGAAGCUCCCUAGGAAAAGGUGGUCUUAAUGUGCAAUGUUUACAUCAGCUCCUGAGCUUCUCCUCCUACUCCUCUUUUAUUGGUGCAUUAAACGUCUUAUGGUGCAAAUAACAAAGAUAUUCUCCAGUGAUUUUCUUUAUGACUUUCUGUAACUUUUACUUUUUGGCUGGUAAAACAGAUUCACUGCAUCAUUGGGGUGUGUAGGUGCUCAACAUCACAGUCAUGAUAUUUACAAUGAAAUGUUAAAAAACUCCUAUUUCUCAGGAGAGUUGAUCCUAUGGAUGCUUUUUUACUAUCUAUUUAUGAAUUGAAUCAAUGAAUAAUUGAGAACAAAUGCAGCAAGCACAGUAAUCUCUGUUAGCCAUUUCCUUCUGCAUUUCAGGGUGCCCUGUCUACAGUAGAGAUAAACCAAACGAUCUGCUGGGUCAAUUAAUGGCAAAUGUUGAUAUCUGGGCUUAUGAAUGUAAAAAUGAACAAACGCUCUCCGCAGGGAUCGGUCGACCUCUAUCCCUAUCAAUACCAAAUUUAACACUUAAAACAACUUCAAAUGCUAAAGUUAGUACUAGUGGUCGAUCAAGAUCAUUCGAUUUCAAUAUACGAUGCUGAUCACAGUGUUGUAUUUUUCCAUUUGGUAAAAUACAAUAAUAAAAUAAGAAUAAGAAAUGAGAAAUAAAAUUAUUAUUAUUAUUAUUAUUAUUAUUAUUAUUAUUAUUAUUAUUAUUAUUAUUAUUAUUGGUAGUGGUAGUAGUAGUAGUAAUAGUUGUUGUUGUUGUUGUAUUGUUAUUAUUACUAUUAUGAUUCUGAGAAGAAAAUGCCGACAGGAAAGAAGAAAGUAUUCCUCUUGGGUUAUCUUACAUUUAGGACUCCCUUACCUAGCCAGAAGUGUUUUUCAAAGUAGCUGCUCCAUGACCACCUAACCUCCUGGAGUUGGGAUGUGUUUAUUUGACCAUUGUAUAGUAUGGAUUAAGGUGUGGGUCUAAUAGAAAUAAGUGUGCACAAUAACUAAAAUCUUUACCCCAACUUUACUGAGACUUGUUCUGGUAAACCCCAUCAUUAAAUUUCCAUGUGAGGUCAGAGAGAGCUGGUUAUAACAAACCAACAAUGGUGAAGCUAAUGCAAAGAAAGCUUCCUGCAGGCUGUCGUAACACACACCCUUCUUAAAAUACACGAAGCUCUACUACUUUGUAUGUGUUGUUGACAGUUUUCUCUGACAGUUUAUGCAACUUGCUGACUACUUUAAGGUGUAGAUGACUCCCUUUGUGCGUCUGUACAAACCCCCCAGUUCGUGCAGAAAAGUACCUCAAAAUAACUUUAAAACUGAGAAUUUUCUUUAACUUUCUGUGGUUUAAAAACUACUAAACCUGGUAUUAUGGAUGCUAACAUGCUUCCCACAUACACACCCACUGCUCUCCUCCAUGAGGAUAGAUUUUACUUCCACACUUGGCUGUUUGCUCCUCAUGUGUCCAUAAAUCAGUGAUGUGAGGAGAGAAAGCAGAUUACAUCUCAGCAGUGAAGGAAGAGAGAGAGAAAGUGAGAGAGAGAGAGGAAGAUUCAGACACUAAAAACACAUUAACUCCACAUUACUGAACACCUGAGUGAGAUUCCUCUAACCAUUAUCUUCACUCUGCAAUUAGAGACUGUAUGUAUGUCAUCACAUUACCUUAGGCUGGGCACUUAGUAAUAAACUAUAAUGGACUGAUAACCUCAGGUGUGUUAGAGUGAGCUCUCUGUGUGCAGAACAUGUUAUAAAGAAGCAGCUGAUGUGAUUCCUUUGCUAUUAGGAGGGAUCAGUUCCAGCUGAGGUGGUCCGUAGUGCUAAAAAAUUGUUCUUAAAUUGAGUUACAUCACUUAAGUCUCCUGUGAGGAGUUUUUAACUGGUUAUGGGAUUACUUGAAUUAAUUGUGACACCUCUUUGUGAGCAAGAAAAUUAACCAUCAGAGAGAAAAGGGAUUCUUUUGAGAUAGUGGAGAUGCUCUCUGCUGUCGAAAGCCAAAGGCUAACUCAGAACGUUUACAUGCACUUAAAAAAUCGAUUCACUGCAAUAGUCUGAGUGAAACUGGAGUUUGAAAAUGCAGGUACACAUGUUAGUCUGACUAGACUGACAUACUUAGAUAAUGCAGUCAGAGAUUAAUUUUCUCUGUCAUUUUGUCUAAACUGGCCUAAACGUUCUGCAUAUGCUGUAGGGCUGCACGAUAUAUCGUUUGAGCAUCGUCAUCGCGAUGUAUGUGUGUGUGAUAGUGACAUUGCAGAGCCUGCGACCUGGGCUGAAUUAUGCUUCCUGGCACUGAUAUUAACGUUAUACUGUACAAAAAUAUGAUAUUUUAAGCAACAGUGGGAACACUGAAGGUGAAAGAGAGCAGCAACCAACUUCUCAUGAAACUUUAAGUGUUUAGUAAUCUUUGCACAGUUGAAGAGGUUGAUGUGAUCCUUAUUUAUUCGUUUGUGGAGUGGUUUUAUUUUAAAGUCUGGGGGUGUUUGUAUGAGAGGACAGUCAGUGAGCAUGAGUGGGAGUCAGAUUCUGUUUUGGCUGCACCUUUGUGAUUUUUAUUUUUCAAGUAGAUCACAUGAGGAUACAUUUCUAACAACCAUGAUUAAUAUUGAUGAGGGAGAAGUGCUGAUUCUAGUCUGCAGGAGAAAACCCCUCUGAUAAAUGUAGUAAAGAUCUAGAUGAUACAGAGUGAUAGAUCAUAUUUCCGAGGGGGGCAUCAUCUUGUGAAGGGAAACUCCAGGAUUGUUUAUCAUGAAUUUUUGUGGUGUUGCAGGUCAUCAGACCUAUAAACCUGGAUAAUCUGAUAAACUUUGGUCGUAGUACAGCCAGCCUAUCAAUGAGCAGAAACAAAGACAAUAGAUGAGAAAUCGGGAGAGAAAUCACCUCAUAUUUUUGGUUAAGAUACAUAUAUAUUUGGUAGUUAGUCAGCUGACAUCAGAAGUUCUGAUUCAGAACACAGUUAACUUUCAACAUUCAGCCACUUUUUUUUUUUUAAACAGAGACAUAAAAAAACAAACAAAAAAAAACACCGGAAUACAUCUAAUGGAAAAAGAGGAACAUUUGCAUAAGCACAGUGUUUUUUUUUUUUUUUGCAGAUAUUUUGAAAGUACUCACUUUUAUGUCGGUGUCUGUUUCUGCAUUACAAUAGCUCUUCAGCGACAAUGACACGAUCAUUCUUCUGAAAGUAGCAGUAUUACGGGUCACAGUUUAAACCAAAACACCAGAGGUCUUACCCUUAAUCAUUAUGAGCCUCCGUCUGGGACUGAGAUGAGAAAUCUUACUUGUGUACCUGCUAAUGAUGUCCAAUGUCGAUCGUCAGACACUGUGCGGUUGUGUAGCCCAUAUACCAUAUUGUUGGGUAGCUAACAUGAUGUGAAAUUUGACAAAAGAAUAAAUAGUAACACUUCAAAGAUGGCAUGUACUAAUAAAAUCAUACGUCUGUGCAAAGGUUUCUCAUUUACCAUCAAAGUAUGAUUUUUAUUAAUUAGGACACGGCUGAAUGUUUAAUGUUUGAAAAUCUGACUCAGACUGUCCAGUUAUCUCUGUUUUUAGUCUAUGUGGCUGCUUAUCAAUCAGUGUGCUUGGAAAUGACCACAAUAAACAUAACUUCCCAGGUUUAUGGGACUUGCAUCCUGGAACACCGUAAUACACAGUCAUGAUAUACGAGUUUCUCACCCUUGGUGUGACGUCACAUUAAGAUAAAAAUGUGGUCUAUCACUUGGCUUUACUUGACUUAACUGCAUCCUUGGGUCUGUUUGGUCAGAAAACAAUAACAACUUUUAUUAUCUCUGAAUGUCAAGAGAGACGCAAGGACAAAGAGAUCAAACAUAAAUCAAUUUGCAAAAAGGAGUUUCAUGUCACCUCUGCCAGUUGACACUGAGCCAAAAACUUUAUUUUCUGCUCAUAAAAAAAAGAGGAUAUUUGUAAUUUUUUUCUUACUUUAUUUGAAAGCACAAAACUUUAGACUUAGGACUGAGCAGAAGAGAAAUGAAAGCAGAGAAGGAGCUGAGUGAAAGAGACAUUAACCAAAUCAAAGAGAAACAAACACAAAGGUUCCCACAAACUGCAGCUUUGUUGGUGUAACAGGAUUGGUCGAAUGAAAACAAAAUGCUAACAGCAGGAUAAAGAGGACCUCAUACAGCUGCUAAUGUUAAUUUCUAUAUCUUUUUUAACUUCACCACCAAUGGAAACAUUCAAUUUAUUGUUGCAAUUGAGGUAUUUCCUACUGUCUAAUUAGGGCUGCGUGAUUUUGGCCAAAAAUACAACCCCGAUUUUUUUUCUCUAAAAACUCCAUUUUCGAUUUUUUAUUCAGUGACAACUUCACCAAACUUCACUUCAAUAAUAAGUUCCUCUAUCAUCUCUCAAAACAAAAACACUGAAAUGAUGUUGUGCAUAUGCCAAGACAGUGAGUGACGGCAGCUGUAACGCUGCCGAGGAAAUGCACAAAAGACAGAAGAAGAGUACAGAGUAUGCGUAUAAAGGUUGUUUUGGCCGGACACGUGCAGGCGCCAUAAAAGAGUUACACUAUGUGUUGCAUAGUAGUUUCGAGAGAUGCCGAUAGACAUCCACACAGAGAUGAAACGGUAGUCAUCUACUGAUUUAUGCACUCUCUGACCCAUUUUCAAAAAGUACCAUUUACAGUCACCCGAAACACCGUUUCUGUGUGGAUAAAAUGCCGAUAAGACAAAAAACCUUGCUUCCAUGUGGACAGGUUAAAACUGUCUUCAGACGGACUUUGCAGCAGGGAGUGGUUUCCGAAACUGCAAAGCCGUACCAAUUCCACACGACAGACUUGCUCCUGCCCCUUUAACCCAUGAAAUUAUCGCCUUCUUUUGCAAACGCCAUGUUUGUUUACACUGGUGUGUGUCAGAACUGAGGAGCGCUCCUACAGCAAGGGGGAGCCUACGGUGGCCUGGAGAUGCGAGACACAAGAGAGAGGAAAAUCAAUCUGACAAUUUUAACAUUGCAACAAUCUAAUAAUUUGAUUACGAUUUAAAAUCAAUUAAUCAUGUAGCCCUAUGUCAAAUGUGAGGGACCGAUUUGUUCAGCUGUUUAAAUCAAUCAUAUUGAAUUUUAGGAAAUCAUCUUUGAAUCUGUCCAUACCUAGCAUCAGUUUUUUGUUUGUAUCUUAUAUUAGCCAGGUAGUAUGCAAAGAUAAUUUCAUGUAUAUUGAGUGGGUGGUGAUGCAGAACAGGAAUCCUGCAGGGUGAGACAGUACCUCUCCACUCUCCAUUAAAGUUUGGUCUCGGCCUUCGGGGAUUCAAAUUUUCCUGACUCACAUACACACAAAGAAACUUUCAGGCUUUUUUAGUAUUCACUCUGCAAAGAUGUAAAAUCAGUAAAAGCAUUUUGGCUCCAAACCAGUGAACACUGACAUUAAGUCAUCUGGAACAUCAGAUCAGUGUCUGUCUGGUCUUUAAGUGCAUUCAGCAGAGUGGAUGACAUUAUGAUGACUUCAUCACAAAAAAAAAUUCAAAUAUUUGGAUCAGAAAAUAAAAAAUGAUGCCUCUGCACAUCUGAAAGGCUCCUCUUUGGAGCUUUUAGGUGAUUGCUGACUCAGCAUGAGAUCAAAAGAAAGUGCAAGAGAGGAAAAAUGAUUGUUAUGAAAAGUAUUGAAUCCAAACCAAACUGUGUGUUCAAGGUCAAGCACUUGUGCAAAGCAUCUUGGCAAGCAGUCAAAGUGUGGUCAAUUAUACCCAGUCAGCAUCUUAAAGUCCAGAGACUAGGUCACAUAAAUGGAAAAUGAACCGGUGCCCUCAUUAUUGUCCACAGGUGUUGGUCUUUAAAUGAGCUGUGGUCAGGCACAAAGGUGGUGUGUUGUCUAUUUUGAAGGAUGUGGAAAGCAUCUGCUCCACAGACUGACUAAAACCUGGUCUCAAACAAACCAAAACAACCAGAAUUGUGAAACCCUGUCCACACGUUCCUGCUGAUUUAAAGGGACCUAAUAACUGCUUAAUGACUCCUGUAAUCCAUGAUCAACUCCUUUGUUUUCCUGUUGUUGAGCACUAGUUUAUUCUUCAUGCACCACACCAGAGACAAGUCCCAGGGCAGUGGAGUCAUCAACACCAACAGCAUGAUGAUGCUGUUGCUGGAUGGGGAUGCAGUCAUGUGUGUAGAGGGUGUAGAGUAGGGGGCUCAGCAGACAGCACUGUAGAGAGCCUGAGAGCAGAGGAAAUGUAAGAGCCCACCCUCACCCACUGAGAGUGAAGUCCUUUAUCCAGAGACGGAUGGAGAAGGUAAUUGUAGGUCUUACGGUUUGGUCACCAGUCUGUGGGGGAGGUUGGUGUUGAAUGCCUCCACCUUUCUGUCCCCUCUGCCCGACUCAGCACCAUGGGGAGCAGGGCUUUCAGUCGCUCUGCUCCCAAACUCUGGAACUCUCUCCCCCCGGAUCUCAGAAACAUGGACUCACUACCCCACUUCAAAUCAAAACUCAAAACACAUCUGUUCCAAAUUGCAUAUUCCCUUUAACUGUCCAUUUCCAUACCUGUAUAUUGUUUUUAUUUAUUUUAACUGUGUUUUAACUGUGUCUUAAUGCCUGUACAGUGUCCUUGGGUGUCCAGAAAGGCGCUUUUAAAUAAAAUGUAUUAUUAUUAUUAUUAUAAUAUUAUUGUAUAUAAUUAUUAUUAUUAAAGUCUACAAAGAGCAGCCAAGCGUAGUUUCUCAGCUGCUCUCGGUGUGUCAGGGCAGUGUGGAGAGUUGUGAUGAUGGUGUCCUCUGUGGACCUGUUCCCCUUGUAAACAAACUGGUGAGUGUCAAACCAGGGUGGGAGGCUUAAGAUGAUGAGUCCAAACCAAUUUUCCAAAGCACCUCCAUCUGCUGUAAGACUAAUAACACGAGACAUCAAGAAAGGAAGGAAACAAAGAGCUGAUUACCUCUGUGUAAUUCGGGAAUAAUCAUGUCCAAUGAUAAUGUCCACCAAUAACACUGUGCAAUAACAACAGUGUGCAAUAAUAAUGAUCAGCGAAACAAUGCAGUAAUGUUUUGUGCGGUGACAGCUGUGUAAGAUCUCCAAGAAACAAAUAUAAAGAUUUCAUGAUAAGAGCAAAUUACUUUAAUGAAGUUUCUCUUUGUAAGAAAGUGUGUAUGCCUUGUAUCUUUUCUCCUACCAUGCCUUUGCAUUGUUUUGUUUUCAUAGACCUGACUAGAGAUACCACACAAAAAUACCAUCCUGUACACAUGCAAUGGAAACAAACCUCUCCUCUAGUCUAGUCUAAUCGAUUGUGCACAUUGCAAAGUUCAGUCUUCUGACAGUCAAGAGAUAUCCACAGGUUAAAGACUACACAGUAUCCAUUACAUACACAGUACAGAGUACAGAUGUGUGACCCUGCAGCAAAAAUAAAUUCAUGCAGAUUAACAGCAUACCUUUCUUAGAUGUUAAAGGGAUAUUCCGACGUAAAAUUAAGUUUGGGUCAAACACACUUUAACACCGAGUUAGACACCCCGUCGAGAGAUGGAUAUUGCUGACCGCUUGCUUCUCUAGUUAUAUCAACUUAAGUGAGUAAGGAGACUAAACACAACUCACCUACUUUCUUCCAGCAGCCGCUUGUUUGUACGGAGACCUCCGGGCAAGUCCAUCGACUGCAGCGGGGUGACGCAGCUCAAGGAAGAACAUUUAUCAUCACUUUAUCAUUUCCUUGAAGUAAUAAUUAUCAUAAUAAUCAUUUGGCACUGCAGACGUGGUAGUUCUUAUGCCUUAGAGCUGCAAAACUCCGCUGCAGUAAUGGACUCGUCUGAGGUCUCCGUACAAACAAGUGGCUGCUGGAAGAAAGUAGGUGAGUUGUGUUUGUUCUCUUUGCUAAAGAAAUUAGGCAAAGUUAUAAAGAUGUUUGGUGGCUAGUGCUAUGGUUGGGACCCUAUAUGUACUGUUGAGGAAGUUAGGUGCUGUUCUGAGCAUUAUUUGUGGCUAUAGAGUGGCGUUUUGGUUGAGUAUGUAUCUCUCUGUGUAUUGCUAUCUACGGUUGUUACCAAAGUUGGUAUAACUAGAAAAGCAAGCGGUUGGCAACUUGACGGUGUGUCUAACUCAGUGUUAUGGUGUGUUUGACCCUAACUUAAUUUUACGCUGGAAUAUCCCUUUUAGUGCAGAGACGUUGGUAUCGUUACAUCCUGUCUGACACUGUUGUUUCGUCUUGAAUACGUGUCCAUGUCCCUGUUGAUGUAUGAAGAUUAUUGUAGUAGAUUUAACAUCAGACCAUGACGGUGGACCAUGGCAUGACUUUUAAAGUGACUUUGUGUUUUUGGUGUUUUAAGGGACGCAGUGGAAGAAUGAAAGUUAAAGAAGUAAAGUUCUGUCUGUUCAAGUAAAAUGGCCGAGGCACCUGCCUGCAGGCACAUCAGAAGCAGACAUGCUUAAUGGUUUUGAAACUCAGUUUUGAAUAAUUAAACUUCUUUGCACCCCGCACCUCACUUAGAGCACAGAUGGUUUUGCACAGACAUUUUGCUUAACAAGCACUGUGCCCUUUAGACCCUUUAGUUUUUUUCAGCUAGUUCAAAUAAGACCCAAAACCUGUUGAACAAGGAUGAGGUCAGAGUCUGACUAAAUUAUUAUAAUGUACAAAAUCAAUAGUUUAAAAAAUACUUGAUGGUCCCUCUGAGGUAAAGACUAUUUAAGGACUGUAUGACACAUCUCCAUCUUUAGCUAGCCUCAUCUCUUCUGUGUUUCCUCCAGGUAAUCAUGGUUAAGGAAAGUCUGCCUGAUUGGGUCCAGCAGGACUCUGAGGAUGGUCUGGUCCACGUAAAUGUCGGUGGUCUGAAGAGGAGUCUCUGCUCCAGCACGCUGAAGAAGUUUCCUGACACCAGACUGGGAAAACUGUUGGCCUGUGACUCUGAGGAAGACAUCCUGCAGGUUGGUCAGCUGGUGGAAAUGUCAAAAACCUGGAUCAAGAUGUCAAAUUGAUAUAAUUUUUUUGAAAGCGUCUACUUUUCAGAAGAAGAUGUCGGUCAGUCAUUUGUCUUCUGAUACCACGGACACUGAAAUCCUCUUUGUCUUUGUUAUGUGUAAAUAACUUCCUCCUCUCCUCUCUGGCUCCAUCCUGCAGGUGUGUGAUGACUAUGAUGUGCAGCAGAAGGAGUUUUAUUUUGAUAGGAACCCCGGUUUGUUCCCUUACGUCCUCCAUUUUUACCAGACGGGUAAACUCCACAUCAUGGAGGAGUUGUGUGUCUUCUCCUUCAGGUCUGUCCUUCCUUCUCAUGAUGUGAAUGAUUUUUAUUGUUGCAUGAAGCCUGAGUACAGCUACAGCACACGCUCUCUUCUUUCUGCUCUGAAUGUACAGCUGCAAACUGAAACCACAGCUGCAGCUCAGUGAUAGGGGCUACAUAUUCACUGACAUGUCCCAUCCAGUCAAACUGGACAGUAAUCAUACACGUUACUGCACACCUGCACAACUCCUCUGGUGUAUUUUUCAUCGCAAUAUUUCGCUGUAUCUUUAUUGUUAAUUUCUGUUUUCUGGACAGUAGGAGCACAGAUGUUUCCUUGCCAUCUCUUUUUGCUCAACUUUGCUGCUUGUUGUUUCUGCAACAAAAACACAAAAGCGAAUUUCUCCCAUGUGUAGACCGACUUAUGAAUAAACCAACAUCUGUUUUCUCUGGUGUAGAGGCAUUAGUGUGAACAGUGCAUUGCAAAAAGUUGCAAAUACAAAGACUUUGUAGUAAGGCUUUGGUCUGAAACAUAGGCUGUAUGAAACAGGGACGUUGUCUAACCUGAAAUGUAACCCUGUAUUAUGCUGAGAGAUAGGUGCAGCCUUCAGACAUCAGCCUGCAACAAACAGCCACAGUGACUUCACCUGCAGAUCAAGUCAGCCACAAACUGGUAGCCUUGAUCUCAAAAAAGGAAGAUUUGUAUAAAGUUCCCCUCCGUGCAGUGUUUGCAAAAUGAACACCUUGAACAGUUUUCAACCCUGUCUCGAUUAUGUAUAUUGAUGCUGUAAAAUAGGCCAUUAUCACAGCGUCUGUGUUGGAGCUAGUUUCUAGUGGAUACUCCAGGAGCUGCAGCCUGUGACCACACAGCACAUCUAGUUGAUGAGAACAUAAGUCCUGCCUCUGACUGAGCAAAUGAUUAAUCAUAGUUUAGGAUUUGAUUGGGUCCCAUGCAGUGUGUGAGCUCUGAAAAAAAAGGUUCCCAGAAAUAAAUGUAGCAAAUUGAUGUAAACUUGAGAACAAGAAUGAUUUUUUCUAGAUACAACUGUCUUUAACACAGUUAUAUUGAGCCAACAUGUCUACCACUUGGUUCAGUUACACUCUAAUCAACAGCAAUUGUCACAUUUUCACUGUCAGUUGCAGGAAAAUACAUUCAUAUGCAACAAUUGAUGUUCUGAUGUUCUUACUUCCAGGCAAUUACAAUUGUCAAUGGUGUAUCCAGGUGCAGUGGAGUUAAUGGUUGUAACAAUUGUAGCAGAACAGUCUGGUUUUGUAUUUUGCCUUUUCACAUGAAGAUAAAAAAUCAGGCAUUGAACAGUUUUGAUUGUACUCUGUGUGGUGUGCUCCAAUAAUCUCAACACAGCACACAGCGCAACAUGGAAGAGGACACACAAGAGGCGGGAAAGAUGGAGGUUUUGGGAGUAUUUUUGACAAAAAAAUCCCAUACUCCCGUAGGCCAUGCUUUAUUUUUAUUCGCUUUAUUUGGUUCCUUGUUCCUCUUGUUCCUCAGUCAGCUCGCUUCUUGAUUGGCUACAUUCUGUUCCACGUAAAAAUUCACGUAGUCAUGACUCGGGAGUCGUCGGCUUUCCACACUCACGUGAAGAUUUUUGGUCAUAAAUAGUUUAAGUUUUAAGUUUAAUAUUCACGAUUUUUGGCCCCGACCAGUUUCGGACACAAUUGUUGGGAAAAAUUCACUCUUUAUACACCUCAGACCACAGGAUAAUCUCAUAGGAUAAUCUUAGAAGACAUAAGAUGAUCUUCUGGUUGUCGUACUUGGUCAGGAGGGGGAAAAUCGGGACAAAAACAGCCCAAUUAUCUUUAUGUGUGUACCUGUAUAUGUAUAUGUAUGUCCUGUUGCAUGUACUGUGCUGUUUGUUCGUGUGAUUCACUGCAAAAAAAAUAAAAUAACCUAAGGGUACAAAUAAAGUAACCUUUGACCUUUGACCUUCGUAGUUUGGGGGAUCAAAAACAGUGAUCAAUACAGACCCUUUCUUAUGUGACGGGAUUUAAAGCACAGACAUUACAUAGCAUUACGUAGCCAAGAUUAAAUGAGUUGUUAUCGUUCAUAGUAAAAUUUAGAAAGUCAAAUCUAAAUUUGAUCUUCUGACGUGAGUAUGAGAUGCAAUUACUGUAAUAUACUCUGACCUGAUGUGGAGUUAAGAUGUGUCAGAGGAGUAAAAAUCAAGGUAACCUCAGUUUUGAGCAAUGGAAGUUUAAAGUUUCCUUGUUACUGAUAUCUUAUUUCAACUUUUAUUCAUUUACUAAUAAAUACGAGUGAAACAGUCAUGAAACCUGCAGGACAAACAUAGAAGACCAGAAGCAGAUAAGUGAGCCAUUAACAUAGGUUUCUUCCAUUAACUCCAUUUGAGCUGUAACAAUAGAGAGCAAACUGUGAUCAGAGCUUUCUUGGUUUGUCUGAUUGUUAUUCUUAACUUUACUUCUUGAUUCAAAUGCCUGUAUGACUGCAGAUGUCACUGACUAAACUUUAUCUUUCUCACAUAGUCAGGAGAUCGAGUACUGGGGCAUCAAUGAGUUCUUCCUGGACAGCUGCUGUAGUUACCGUUACCACGACCGCAAGCUGGAGAGCAGCCGCCAUCGAAGCUGGGACGAUGAGAGUGACGUGAGCAGCAUAGACACGUCUGUGGAUGAGAUAUCUGACCUAAACAGGUAUUAAACAGCACAUAUACAGCGUAGGCACAAACCCAUCAUUCAGUCUGUUGUUAUUUAUUUUUGCUUCCUCUGAUCCGUCCACACAGAGACAUGCAGCACUUUCAGGAGGUACGUUAUGGCAACAUCAGGAAGUGUUUGUGGCUGACUCUGGAGAACCCUGGGUACUCCAUCCCCAGUAAACUCUUCAGCCUGGUCUCUAUCGGAGUGGUGCUCACAUCCAUCGCCACCAUGUGCAUCAACAGCAUCCCAGAGUAUCAGGUAAACACAUGGAGAGAUGACUGUAAACACGUCCACUUAGUCUGGGAAUAAUUUGCCGAGCAGGCAAAAGUGAUGCAUGAAGUCAGAUGGAUAUGUUGGUGGUUAAAAUGCAACACAAAAUUUGUUCCUGUGCAAAGCUCAUUCAUUUACACAAAAGACCUAAGAUUGCACACAUCUGACAUACACCUUAGUGAGUUCUGGCUAAGUGUUUGAGUGAAGAUUUUGCCGAUGCCUUGCUGCCUUCAUCAGUGUAUUUACUUCUCCUCUGCAUACUCUGUAAACAACUCCUGAAUUACUGAGAACCACCCCUGUUUAACAGAAGUCAAACUGAGUCCACUCUUUAGACUUGACACCACAUUGCUCACCUCUGUUAACCAUCACACCACUGCUGGUUUCCUGCCCAGAACACACUGCCAAAUGGAAGAUUGAAUCACAUACAGCUGAAAAUUUCUUUUCUUUCAACACCACCAAAGCUUGAUGUGUCACCAGUGCUUCAAAAACUUUUGAUGGUACAGAAAGUUUGGUACUUAAUCUGUGGUAUCGGUAAAAGAAAGAAGGCUACUCAUUCAACUACCAAAGAUGUCAAUUUAAGGCUUACAUGUGCAAAUACAUGAAAUAAAUGUUAGAGCUUUGUGAUGAAGAAAGGGUACAAUAAGAUAAGAACUUUAUUGAUCCUAGAAGGGGUAUUCAGUUAUCUGCAUAUUGUUAAUAAUCUGCAUCAAAUUCGCACUCAAGUCACCUUUAUCCAUUCCCACUAAAAAGGACUUCUGCAGGAAUAUUUCUGUUGGAUUUUCUCUCUUUAUUCAGCUCUCUUGCUCAGAGCUUUGGCUUUGCUGCUCCGCUGCUGGUGCAUGGAUUGCAGGACAGAAUGUUGCUCCACUUUUCUCGAUCAUGAUGUCACACAGGCAGAGUGCUGAGCUGCUUUCUGCAGAUUGAUCUGAUAUGACAUGUGACCAGGUUGUUCCUGAUGUAACCUAAGAUCUUUCAAGCAUUUAAUGCAACCCAGUUAUAUGAUGGUAAUGGUAAUGUAUGGAUACAGGUUCCCUUAUCCCUUCGACACACCAAAAAUAUUAAUUAUGGCUGAUUUAUUUAUUGCUCAUUUAAGAUCUGUACUCUUUUAAACACUUUUGCCAAUCAGACAAAUUUGAAUACACAACAUCCACAGUCAAAAAACUUACUGAUGCAAAACAUGCUUGAGAAUCCACGUGUUUUUCAAUUCAAUUAGAAAAACUUCAUUUAAUUGGAGGCACAUAGAGCAGCAAGUAAACAAUGCAAACAUUGUAAAACUGUGAACAAUUAAGAUUAAUAAACAAUAUUAGAUAUAACAAUAUAGCAAUUAAAAAUGAUAAAAUGGAGGGAGAAAUAAAAAUACUGAUUGAUGAAAUACUCAGAAAUCUGAGUACAGGGGAUCAGCAUGAUGAGUGCAAAUUAGCAUUAAGGUCUAUAAAGAGUUAGCCAGAGGUAGUAUAUUACAGACGCAGAUUGCAUUCAGACAUGUGUGAAUCGGUAGUAAAAAGUGCACUAUGGCUCUUUGGAGUUGAGGAACAGCACAGCUUUGGGCACAAAGGUGGCCUCUCUCCUCUGAGUCCUGCAGGCGAGGCAGUGAAGCCGUUGGCCAGAUGGGAGCCACUCAAACUUCAGGAACAGAGUGUGUGGGGGGUCUUGCACCACACAGCCUGCUGGCCUGCAUGUGAGAUGUACAUAGACAGUCAACAGAGAGGCAUCCUUAUUAUUUUGGAGCAGACAGUCAGAGUUUUCAGCAGGCUGAUUGAAUAAAACCAGCUGGUGAUUGAGAAGGUGGAGAUGCUCUCUAUGAAAGACUAAUAAAACGUCCUGAGAAUGUUCUGGCUAACUUCAAGGGAACUGAGCUUCUUUAGGAGGUACUGUUUCUGCUGGCUUUUUCCUGAGGAUCUACUUAGUGUUGAAGGAGAACUUCAGCAGACUGUCAAAAACGGUGCCCAGGUAUUUGCAUUCCUCAACAUGCUCCACAGGCUCACUGUGAACUGUGGCGGUGACUAUUGCAGCCAGCUCCCUUUGCUUGCUGGAAAAGGUCACCACCAUCUCUUUGGUUUUGCUGACGCUCAGCUCCAGACAUGAGUCUUCACACAAGUCCACUAACUCCUUGAGGGCUGGUCCAUGGGGCUGUGAAGACUCUGACAGCAAAGACAGGAGGACUGUGUCAUCAGCAUAUUUAAACAGGUGGGAAUGGGGCUGUUUGGAUCUGCAGUCAUCAGUGUAGAGGAUGAAGAACAGGGGGGUCACAGCCCUAGGGAGAGUCAGUUGAGGUGUGUCGCAUGUCAGAGAAAAUGUUGUUGUGCACUCUCUGUGACCUGUGGGUGAGGAAAUCUAGGAGUGACAGGAUGAGCUGGUCUUCAAGGUGGAAGGAGGAGGAGAGUUUGUUGGCCAGGAUGUGAGGCUGGAAGGAGUUGAAUGUCAAGGAGAAGUUGGUAAACAGGAGUCUGGCUGAGGUAUUAGGGCGGUCCGAGGGUUUAUGGAUGGUGUCUUGGAUCUAUAUUUUGGCAUUAUCAACAACCCUACUUGUGCGGUAUGUAAAAGAGCAUGCGCCACCCUGGAAGCGAACCUGGGUUGCAAGAAUGGGAAUCUUGUAUGAUACUACUACAUUGAGGCUUGUAGUGUUUGUGUCCUUACAUGCCAAAGUAAUCCAGUCAGCGCAACAUAGAGAAUCAGCCAGUAAGUGAUUCAGCAGCAGUGUUUUGUAGUUUGUGAAUGAUUCGUUCAAAAGAACCAAAUCUUUUAAGUGAACAUACUGAACCAAAUCACAUCCUCAAGUGAUUCGUUCGUUUCUCACUUCAGUUGGGCUGGCAGCAGUGCAGCUGCCCCAUAGCACGCAGCAUUGCCGGGCGAGCAGCCUGUGAGCGAGGGACCACACACACCAACGCCUGAAUCACUUGGUGAAUGAACACUCUCUGAAAUCAUUUUUGUUUGAGAGAUAGACUUUCAUGGCGACCGUUGUUCCCCGUUGUUUUAACAGAUUUAGUUAUUAAACAAACUUAAAAAGUUAGGCUGGCAGUAAUGAGAAGAGAGUGAGACUCACCAGCUAAAGCAAGCUCUUCACAAACGCAACAGAGGGAAAUAGGGAUGUGUUGUGUUCAAGCGUACCUCAGAGCAAGCUUCCUUUUUUUUUUUUAAACUCUGCUCAAUUGCCACCACAACAACUUGCACACAGUAGGACACAGCAUGUAACAAGUAGUGUAUAAAACCUGCAGUUUGAGAAAUGCGUGACUGUCUGAUCCUAUCAUUCAGUUCAGUGUGAAUUCUUCACUGAAUGUACUGUGGGGUAAACGUUCAGUGAACGAAUCACUCACUGAGCCCAAUUUACCGAGUAGACCAGAUAAAUAGCAUAUCAAUGGACAGUACAAUUAAAACAUUAUGAUUUAUAAACAAGUUCAUUUUUACAAACCUGUUUGUCAAAGCAACAAAGCCAAACACUCUUGUCUCCCGGUCCCAGAAGCUAUGAAUUGAACUCAAUCCUGAACCGUUCAGCUAUAUAUCAGUUCGGGAAGUCGGAGUCACAGGCUCCUCCCGCCAAACGCUGAAUGAUUCUGCGAUUCGGUGAACAAAUCUUUUGAAUGAAUCUUUUCAGUGAACUGAUUCUAGUGAUUCAGUACAUCUAAAAGAACUGCCGUGCCCAUCACUAUUCAGCAGGCUUUUGGGGAUAGUGUGGAUGAGCAGAGGCAAUUGAGUCAAAGCAGCGGUUGUCCUAAUUUUCAGACUCUGUUAAUGUGAUGUGGUUCUCUAUUUACCUCCCAAAACUCUGCAAACUCCUGAACAGCUAUUUAAACAAGAACUUAAAAUUAAACUGAACCCAUGCUGAAAUUGUUCAGCAUGAAUAAUAGCCACUAAUGGCUCAGUCUGAGGUGCUUUUGUGUAAUCAGAUGCAGUUCUUCUUAAUGUCUAAAUACUAAAGAGAAUACAACCAGCUGUUGCACACUAACAGCCUAAAACAAAGCACAUCCAGCUGUGCACAUGAUGGGAGGACUGGCUCUGAGAGGAUACAAAGACUUUGAAGUAGAAAGGGGAAUAAAAGGAAGUGAGAAGUAACAGAUUAGAUGGAGAAACUAUCUGCUAUCAAACAGCAGUGUUCAUUUUAGUGCUAACAGCACAUCUGUCCCAGCUUCACUUCAUUUUACUCCAUCAAGUCGACACAGUUUCCAUACAGACUCGUCCUUUAAUUGUGCAUUUUCUUUAAACUGAUGAAGGCUGUUCACAGAGUUUAUUUGAUUUUUGAGUAAUUUAAGAACAAAGACUGAUGAUUGCUUAGUCUGAUUACAGCUCAGACGUGUUACACCAGCUGUGAGCAGAAUAUGAAAGUUUAAGAGGCUGUUGAUGCAAAAUACAUCUAUGUUUAAAUUGAAUACCCCUUAGAUGCCAUCACUUCCUGUGCCUCCUCCUCUUUUUCUUCUUCUCAGACUUUUGACAGCGAGGGGAACCUGAUAGAGGACCCAACCAUGCAGGCUCUGGAGGUGUUUUGUAUCUGCUGGUUCACCUUUGAGGUGAGUCAAAGUGUUUUUAUAAGCUGGCUUAAGAGAAAAAAAAAUGUUUAAUAAAUCAGUCAAACUGAACUUUAUGUGUCUUUGAGGUGGUGAUGCGGCUGCUGCUCGCCCCAAACAGAAAAAAGUUCUUCCAUCAUCCUCUGAACAUCAUUGACAUGGUGUCUGUGGCCCCCAUCUACAUCACGCUGCUCUUUGACCUCACUGUGGGCUCCGAGUCUGAACUGGGAGACCUCGGACGACUCAUACAGGUAGAAAAAUUUUCAUAUGUUGUUAAAUAGAUUCAAAACAUGAAUGUGAACUUCAAGUGGGGACAGAUUUAUUUAGCCAGUGAAAGCUUGCUAAAACUCUGAGCAGCUUCUUAAAUUAUGAUAAUAGUCUUCUUUCAUGAAAAAAGGACAUUUUCAGUGUGUGAGGAAUUUUUAGACUUAGGGGUUAUCAAUAUAAAAUGUUAUCUACAACCUUUUGAAAUGAGAGUUUUGAGAUGAGAAAUGAGAAAAGGAUUUAAAAAAAAUACAAAAUAUAAUACAAAGUGAUGAGAGAAAAUUUAAAAUGCUGAAAAUUGAAAAACAUUUAAAGCUCCUGUAAGGAACUUUCUGUCUUUGUUGAUUCUGGUGCCCCUAGUGGACAAAGUGGUAACCUAUUUCAUAGUUGUUAAUUUUAUCUUGUUCUUUUAAAGUGGGGUUAACUGACAAAAAAUCCCCUGCUGUUGUCUUUUACAGUGACAUUCAUCACUCACUGUGAAUAUUUGCUGUGGACAAAGUAACAAAGGCUGUUCUUCAAUGGAGCUGUUUUACGCAGGGGGAAAAAAGCAGGCCAAAAAUAUCAAAAUAAAAGCAUGACAAACAAUUCUCGAUGAGGCAAUGUCUUCCUUAAAGAGGAUUCAGUCACAGGGCUGGAGAUGGGGAUUAAUCAUUUAUUUGAACAUCAAUAGGAAUGGAUGAUGACAUGUAAGUUAACAGCUUAUGUUAGUAAAAUUUAUUUGAUAAUGUGUUGCCCCAUUCCAGUGUUUCCUUUUCUAAGUUUGACUGAUCGUGUUGUUUUAUCUUCAAGUGUCCUGUAAAUAUCAUGAUAAUAUCUUUUUUUUGAUAUAUGGUCAUGAUAAUUAUGAGGCAAAAAUCUGAUAUCAUGACAGCCGUACUGUUGUGUGAUAUGAUAUGAAACAACAUUUUAUGAUAACAUGCAAUACAAGGAUAGACUAGGUAACAAUUAAAUAUGUAAGGAUAGGGUAUGUCACUGCUGAAUUAAACAUGAUACGAUAAGUGUGAUUGCAUACAUAUAUGGUUCUUAUCCAUGUGUUUAGUACUACCACUUGGGGUCCUAAAGCAGUGCUUUGGUGAGUCAAACUCACAGGGAAGUCUAUGCAAAUUUACAUCAUUUUUAAUUCAGAGGUUUAUCAAGCAGCCGAACUGUGAUUGUACCGCAAGUCAGGAUGACAGUGUCCAUGUUUUGCCCCACCUAUGAUCCAUAAACUCUAUAAAACAUGGAGGUUAGCUCAGUGACAUCCCCCACCUGUUUCCAUUACGAGGCCCAAAGAGGGUGGUCUCCAUUAUUAUAGAAACACUGAACUUCUGGCAAAUAAAGAAAACAGCAAAGAGGUCGAGGUGAUGCUCAGAGUUACCCAGCUGACAAAACAACCGUCUGUCAGUCAAAUUAGCCAAUUGAACGUCACUCUCAACAUCCGUAUAAUGAAAACAAAUUGAUCAAAAUUUUCACCCCUAUAAUAAAGAAAGAAACAACCAAAUUUGCUUUGCAACAUAAACUCACUCAGUGUGGUUGGUUUUACUCUGUGUAUCGAUGGAUGAUGGUAUUGAAUUGGACAUCUUACAAGACAAAUUCCCAGUCUCUCUUUCUCCCUCAGGUUUUCAGGUUAAUGAGGAUCUUCCGUGUCUUGAAGCUGGCCCGUCAUUCAACCGGACUGCGGUCUCUGGGAGCGACACUCCGGGUGAGUCUGGACUCAGUUUGACUCCCACGGUCCAGGUUACAUAACACUCUGCUUCCUGACUCUUGGCAGACACUUGAUGACAUUAACCAAGCGGAGAAACCUCUCAGGAUAUUGAAAACUUUUCUAUUGAUUUUUAUUUUCUCUGGGACAUUUUGUCCAUUGACCUUUUUGUAUCAGAUAAACUUUGACAGAUUGUGAGUGGCUGUGGGCCUGCAGCUGCUUAAUGUGAAAGAUAACUCUGCUACACAUUUAAAACUCAGGGGCAAUGCAGACUGUUUAUAAAGUUAACUAUGGAAAACCUUCCCUCAUGCAAAAAAAGGAUGUGCAAGGCACUUUUGUUGCAUUUCCUAGUUUUAGUGGAAGUAGUGUUACACAAAAUUGACAUGAAUUCACAACUUUAAAACUUUAUAUCUGUAAGAUUUAUCUGUGUAAAAAGCCAUAUGGCAGUGACAGGUGAGGCUUUGUGCAGGUGAAUUCUUAAAAACGGAAUUCUUAACUCAGCUGGUAGGAAAGAUUUGGCCACAGCCUCCUGGUCACAGAGCUAAGAUAACAAAAGCAUCAGUAGCAGAAGCAUGAAUAAGCAACACUAGUGUCACAGACAAAUUAGCCAUGAUGAAGCAUUUACUUGAUGAAAAGUAGUGGUUCGAUGUUCAUACCCUGUGGGACACCACAUUUAGUAGUAAUCUAUAGGAACGUGAAAAUUGAUCGCUGCUUGUUUUAUGUCAUUAUGUUAAAAUGACAGAAAUUUAGGGGCGCUGGUGUAAAUGCCACAUGUACAGGGGCUCUACUCCUUGUCACUGUGGUUACUGGUUAAAUUCCCAGCCAUGACCCUUUGCUGCAUGUCUUACCCAAUUCUCUACUCCUUUACAUUUCCCAUCUCUCUUCAGCUGUCCUAUCUAUGAAGGCGAAACUGCCAAGAGAACUCACUUAAAAUGGAUUCUGGCACCACUUCACCUACUUUCAAGGUGCAGGGAGAGGGAAGAGAAAUCUACAAUGCUCGUGUUUUGGCGAGUGGCCUUCAUCAGGGUCAUUAGCUGAUAUAUUGAUGACUCUGAUGAACACUUUAAGCCAAAAUGUGUUGGUAGAAGAAUGAUGCUGCUCCUUUACCUGAAAGUGUUGCUGGAGUUUCUACUCUAAUUUGAUUACAUCCAGACAUUUACUUUUCCCAAAAAAUGCUACACUUUUUGUAACAGACUUCAGUCACUCAAUAAAAACAGAUAAGAGUAUUUUCCAGAUAAACAGUGUCAAUGGUAUUGUUAUGAUAGGUUUGACUAAGAGAGGGCAGGCCGUGUAAUACCAUGUUGUACAACUCUACAGUUUGUUAUAGUCCGCUAAGAUUAUCGUUGUUUCCUUUUUAUGUGGCCUAAAAGAACGAUUUCUAACUUGUAUUUGUUGAAAUGAAGGAAAUGUUUUUGUGUUUUGCCAUUUUCUUUCUUUAGACUGUAAUAGGGAUGUUGUUAGAGGUCAUAGUCACUUGACAAAGUAGAUGAGCAAAUCUGAGUAUCAUCUGCGUAAGCUAUAAACAGCAAUGCUGGUUUCUGUAAAGGUUUCUAAGAAGUAAAGUUGGCUGCUAGCGCUUUGCAAAGAGUUUGAGUUUCAGGACCGUAUUAACAGUUUCAGAUCAAGAUUUCUGAAAUUAUAAGUAAGUAAAAGUUUGGGUGUCAGGUGCCCAAUUUCAGGUGUUUUUUUUUAAGGUGGUCUAAACGUUGUUACUAACCUAGGAAAUAUGUUAAGCAGGAAAUCAAUAGCCAUUGUAACUUUUGCUUUUCUUUUCAGAUUGGCUUAUAACUCCUCUGUCAGUGCCAUGUAAAUGACGUCUCUUUUCAGACAUUUAAUAGAUGUUGGCUAUAAUUAUGUUGAUCACAGGCUGAAAAAUUUCAGGACAAUUGACGCCUUUCCAUGACAGUCAAAUUUAUUUUUGUAAUAUGAGAUCUCCUUUCUUUGCUCAUGCCAUGUUUAGUGUAUCAGUUUCACCUGCAGAGAGACUCCAUCUGAUGCAGAAUCAUUAACCACAGUCUACUGCUGUGCAGCUCCUCCAGGCUUUCAUUACAUGAGACCCACUCCACAUGACGUGUAGUGUAUGUGAGGGUAAAACUAAAGGUCAUGUUACUGUCUCAUCUGUCAUAACACACACAACUGGGUUCUACUCCUUUAUUAGAAAGGUGUUAGAUUGCUGGAUUUGUAUUUAUUGUGACUUUGAUUUCUCCAUAAUGGUUAGAGUAUUGUCUUAUAUGCUUAAGACACUUAGCACCAAAAUUACAACUAAUGUAUAGAAAUACUAUUAUGACCAGAUUAUUGAACUUUUGUAGCCAUGGCUCUUUGCAGAACUCCACUUAGCACAUAAUGGACUACAAUCUUCAAAUAAGGCCAUUAUUGAACUUAGAGUUCAGUUUCUUUCCCUAUAAAUAGUUUUUUUUCUCUGCUGAAUCUAAAUGGGAGCCUCUUUUCCUAACAUCCAAAGUUGAAAUGCAUCCUACAAGACCUUCAAUGCAUAUACAGGUCUCUGUAUUUAUGCAUCUUUGUCACCUUUUUGCAUCAUAGUUUUUAUUUAUAAUUGUAUUGGCUCUUAAAAUGUCAUCCACGAUCCACUGCUAAAAUUCAAAGAUUAUCUUCACUGUAUUGUAGAGUAUUGUUACUGCAGUUUAUUUUUCCCAUAAUUUCAAGAAGAAAUGAGAACAUUUAAUGAAGCUCUCUAAAUUAUUUAUCACUCAGCUUUUUGUUGUUUUUACAUUAAGUGAAAAGUCAAGUCUGGCUUUUUAUUUUCAGUGGAGACUGAAGUAAAAAGUUUUUUCCCCCGAGCUCCUCUGGUUUCUUCAGAGAGUCCCAGGAGAGGGGCUGGAUUUCAGGACAAUUCAUCUGAAAACUCACUGUAUUUAUUCUCAUAAAAAAAACACAGAGAAAGAGAGUGAUAGAAAGAUGACAGAUGGAGCUUCAGUUUUUCUUUCUGUUUCUGAACAGGAAGAAUUUAAAAAAGCUAACCAGUUUUUCUUUUGUUUGUGCAGCACAGUUACCGUGAGGUCGGCAUCCUGCUGCUCUACCUCGCUGUUGGAGUGUCCGUCUUCUCUGGAAUCGCUUACACCGCUGAAUAUGAAGAGGUAAAAUGUCUCACUCUGACAUCUGAACUUCUGUUAAAACUCUAUUUCAGUAAACUGUGAGGUUAUGUUCUGCAAAGUGUUUCUACGGCGCAAAGCUCUGAUCUGGACCCAGGGGUCUUUGUUGCUGCACUCCCUGCAUGGCUUUUAUGUAUGCAAAUGAAAGAGGAAGAGGUGUGCUCUCCUUACCUCAGGCUUCGGCAUUCCACAUACACAUGUGGAAAGGCAGGAACAGAGCCAUACGGCCGUAAAAGCCAAGGCAGGUAGAGCACAUACCUGCCAACUAUUGGGUUAUAUAAUCUGGAAGAUUUUUGUGGUGUGCGCAGGGCAGUUUUGGGGUUACCUUGGAUGGUAGAGAUGAGCUAAUUAUUAGAGUAUUUGUAAUUAAAUUGCUCAUCCAAACAAGUCAAAGUGAAACUGCACACUUUUUUGUUUUGGUUUAACAAUAAAAAAUGCUAAUAAAAAAAUAAUAGCUACGAUGUGUCUUGCACUUACAGUAUUUAGUCCACUAAUUUUGGUGUUAAAGUUCUCAUAUGUUUUACAUGCUCUCCUGUAUGAGGCUCUCUGAACAUCUGGGCGGGAAAUACAGCACUCUUUUUUCUGAGGCUGCCCUGAAUGCAUCACUCCGAGACAGUGCAAGACUAUCAACAAAAAUAUUACAUCUCACGCUUGUUUCCCUUUCAUCGAAGUGUUCAUUUUGCAACAAACACUGCUUAUAUAGUUUACAGCUUAAACCGACCUGAAACAUCCCAAAUUGUAAAGUAAAAGUAUCACUACAGUGUCUGUGAGGCUCAGCAGAAACACAGGACAAUCUUCGGUUGUCUUGAAACUGGCAACUUUGAACAAAAAGUUAUCCGAUUCAUGAAUGAACCUGGACUAUGCAAACUACAGGAGAUUCCCAGGAGAAAUGGCAAUACAGGAGGUGGGCUGGAGAUAAGUCUGAAAUAUGGGAGAGUCCUGGGAAAAACGGGAGUGUUGGCAGGUAUGGUAGAGCAGCAACAAAGACCCCUGGUUACAGAACAAAGCAGGCAUCAGAGACAACACAUGUUGCACUGGUAAAAUCAAACACAGGAGGAGAAGCUGGGGUGAAGGCAGGCUGCAAAUCAGUUUGCAGAGGAGGCAGGGAGAGUGUGCAGGCUAAAACAGUUCACCCAGGCUUUUGCCUUCCACUCAAACAAAUGGUGGUCUCAGAUCAGAGUCAUUCCACCAAAUAUGACUUACAGCAGGAAAAUGAUGACUUCUCUUUGACUGAAGGUGCCUUUUUGUCAACUAAAGGCCAAAAGGAGGCUGAGUGCUAGAAACAUUAAACUGCAGUGGUUUUGUGGAAAAAAUACAUGAUUCACAUUAACAUGAUCCUCUUCCCUCUGUCUUUGUUUCAGGAUGUUGGUCUGGACACCAUCCCUGCCUGCUGGUGGUGGGGGACGGUCAGCAUGACCACAGUGGGAUAUGGCGAUGUGGUGCCCGUCACGGUGGCGGGGAAGCUGGCAGCGAGCGGCUGCAUUCUGGGAGGCACCCUGGUGGUGGCGCUGCCCAUCACCAUCAUCUUCAACAAGUUCUCGCAUUUCUACAGACAACAGAAAGCUCUGGAAGCUUCUGUGAGGAACAGCAACCGCAGAAAGCUGAGGAUGAGCUGCGAGGAGGAGCUGGAGGAGGACGAGGAGGAAGAUGAGGAGGAGGAAGAUGAGGAGGAGGAUGAGGAAGAGUCAGAUGAAGACAGCAGGUGUAUGGAAGAUGAUGAUACUGAUGAUAUGGAUGAAGAUGAUGUAGAUUAUGAAGAUGAUGGAGGAGUGAUCAACUACAGCUACGUGGAGCAUCCGUCCAUCCUGAGGGGGAAGGACCUCAACCAGCUGUGAUGCAAACUUACUGACCAAGACCCUUUCAAAUUAAAAGUACAAACUCGAAUGCAAACUACACCUGAGCCUGAACCUGACCGUCAUCUGAUCCGGAGACAAACAGAGUUCAAUGAUGGCUGUUUUCUGAAUGAUACUGACACUAAAUUUAGAGGUGAACUUUACCUUCAGGUCUUCCAGGCUGACUGCUAGGAUGCAGUUUGGUCGUGUUUUAUUUGUGCAUGGUGGUAAUUUUUAGAAAUGAUUGUACAGCAUCACACGGUGACUGACAGGUCAAAAUAAACACUGAAGGACAGCAGCACUGAAUGACUGACCUGGACUGAAGAGAAACUGCAUGAGCUUUAAGAGAAUUCGCCAAAUAAAUAACAUUAUGAAACACUGUGAAAA